CGCUCCUCUCUGCUCGGCACGGCCUUUUUUCGCUUUCGCACCACCACCACCACCACCACAUAUCCCACAGCCAGCCUCAGAAAUGGACAAGAUCAAGGAGAAACUCGAGAAGCUCAGAAUCGAAUCUGAGUCCAACAACACUCGUGCCCUGAAGGCCGAGGAGGAAAUCAAGCAGCUGAAAAGCGACCUUGCUAAGCGCGAGACCGAUGUCCAGAACCUGAACAACAAGGUCACUCUCCUCACCAUGGACCUCGAGCGGGCCGAGAAGCGUGUUGAUGAGGUCAAGCUCAAGAAGGUCGAGGGCGAUAGCCACGAGUCCACCAUCGAGACCCUCCAGCGCAAAGUUGCCCUGCUCGAGACACAGCUCGAGGACAAGGAGAAGAGCCGAAAGGAAGCUGUUGAAAAGGCCCGUGCUCUUGAGCUCCACGCCGAGCAGUUUGAGCGCAAGGCCAAGCAGCUCGACUCGGACAAGCUGGAGCUUGAGAAGAAGCUCGAGGAAGUCACUGCCAAGUACACCGCUGUCAAGCAGGAACUCGAGGAGACCCUCAAGGGUCUCGAGGACCUGUAAACGGACUGCCAUCUGACUCAUCCGCACCCCCCCCCAAGCUCUCGUUUGGUCUCUUCCUGUGAUUGUCGGGCCCGGCCCGCCCACUCUCUUUCUAGCUCACGCAGCAGCAUGUUUGGCUCGUGGUUGUCUAUGACGAGGUGUGCGAGUCGUCCGGCACCGAUAGCAUAAACUGAGAAGUGUCUCAUACCAUUUUUGUUCAGCUUUCCCUCCAUCUACAGCUAGAGUUGUCGGACCAAAAAUGUGAGGUUGUGGUUGCCCCCCCCCUUUUUUUCGACGGAAAGGCCUCUUACGUGUGUUCUCUGAAAGCGUCCAAACUUUCUGUAUUUUUGAUCGCAACUUUGGUCCCCGCCUUCGCCUUUCCCCCCCCCCGUUUCUGGCAAAUACAACGGAAUGCUUCUCAGCUUUUCCACA